AGUGCUCGUCAGUUUUCGAAGUUGGAGCCAUGGCGACAACAGCUCAGUAUAUUCCGAGGAAUAACUCCUUGCCGUCUAACCCGCUAAUGCAUCCGGAUUCGGAUAGGAUGCAUCAGGGGACGACCUACAGAGAGGUGCAGAAAAUGAUGCACCACGAGUACUUGCAAGGGCUGGCGGCUACCAACACCGGACACCCGAUGAGCCUGACGCACCACCAGUGGCUGCCCACGUCCAACACCGACUGGUCCAGUGGCACCCACAUCGGACAGCAGGAGCACAAAGCCAGUGUGCAGGCGAGCAGGGAAGACCUGAGCAGCGGCUUCCACCACAGAUCUCACCUGGUGCACCAGCAGACACAGAGUACCCACCAUGGUUCGUGGGCGCCUGCCACAACGCACCACUUAUCCCCGCUGUCCCCAGCAUCCAACGGCCACCAGUCACUGGUCUACUCUCAGCCCGGAUACACAAACCUCAACGCAAUGCUGAGUCCCCAGCCCGGUUCUCUGCACCAUGGCAUGCGGGACCCACUGCACGACGAUACGGGCAGCCACGACAACCAGAUGGAGUCGCCCCAGCAGGCUUUCAGUCACCACCAGGAUCACUCGGACGAGGACGCGCCCAGCUCCGACGACCUGGAGCAGUUCGCCAAACAGUUCAAGCAGCGGCGGAUCAAACUGGGCUUUACGCAGGCGGACGUGGGCUUGGCCUUGGGCACCCUGUAUGGAAACGUCUUUUCUCAGACCACUAUCUGCAGGUUUGAGGCGCUGCAGCUCAGCUUCAAGAACAUGUGCAAACUUAAACCGCUCCUUAACAAGUGGCUGGAGGAGACAGACUCAAACACGGGCAGUCCCACCAAUUUGGACAAGAUUGCAGCGCAGGGCAGGAAACGAAAGAAGAGGACCUCCAUUGAAGUGGGGGUGAAAGGGGCACUGGAAAAUCAUUUCUUAAAAUGCCCAAAGCCAUCUGCUCAUGAAAUCAGCACUUUAGCCGGCACUCUGCAGUUGGAAAAAGAGGUUGUCCGUGUUUGGUUUUGCAACAGAAGACAAAAAGAGAAAAGAAUGACACCAGUGGGGGUCCCUCACCCGAAUAUGGAGGACGUAUAUUCCCAAGCAGAAACCCCUCCUCUACACCGCACACUACAGAGUCCUGUGCAGUGACUGUUUUCAUGAACAAUCUGAGCAUUUCUGUGGAGGGAUAGAAAAGAGAAAGGGACUGUGGAGUUUACAGUAUUUAAGUUUUGCUUUUGUUGUCCUGCGAGAAAAGAGGCACGGAAAAGUUGAAGAGAUCAGUUUUGCCUUUAGUAUUCGGAGAUCGUCAUGUCCAACAAAUAGAUGGCAGGAGGGAACAUGUUAAGAAAAAAAAGAAAAAAGGAAAAAAAAAAUAAUUAUUACUGAUUCUGUGCGCAUUUAAAGUGAAGCAAAGAUCUUUAUUUACCAAAAUUAUAUGGAGGAGACAUGCAUAUAAAGUAAAUUCGGCUGUUCCAAAUGUGGAUCAGCCUGAUGAAAUGUGGCAACUGAGUCCAUCUCCUCCUGGUGUACCAUGAACUGUUUGGCGCACACCAGAAAGAGGUGGUUGCCUGAAAACCAUCAACACUGGAGAUGAAUACACUGAAUGAACAUUUUAUUUGCUUUUUCAGGCUAAAACUGGUUAACCAGAUUUCUGAGUACUAGUGUAUACUUUCUUUGUUGUAUUAAGUGUGAUGUUUUAGUUUUGGAAAUACUUUUUUAACUUCAGUGUCUCUUUCUGCAGAGCACCUUUUGAUUUUCUCAAUGAUUUGCUAUAGGUACUGUAACUCAUCAGAACAGUCUCUACUUUUUUUUCUGUUUACUCAGAGUGGAUGGUGGAGAAAUUAUGGAAAUUGUGGUAGCUUGACAACAGUCGUAAAAAACGUCAGACACAUUUCAGAAAAAGUUCAAUGCAACAGGACGUCUAAGUUCUGACUGCAUGCCUUAAAAUAUUCAAAGCUUUGCAGCUGACCACGUCGAAAUUUGCAAAACAGCAUCCAGACGCUAAAACACGCAUUUUCUUGUUUUCUUUGGGGGGAUGAUUACUUUCACAUUAUUAUUUUCUUUGCAUGGAGCACUUAUUCUUUCGUUAAUAUAAUUAUUAUUAUUGUUAUUAUUGAAAUUUUAUGUCUGUUGAUAAAGUUGUAAGUGUGUAGCUGAUCUCAAAAGCUUAAAGCCCACGUUUACAGGUUCCUUGUUCUUACUACAGAGCGCUGACAGCUCUCAAUGCUUACUGCCUGUUAAUCUGUUGUAUUCCAAACAUUUCAAAAGAGAUUGGCCAAAUGAAAAGUAACAAUUACUCAGGUAACUCAGUGCCCCUUGUCGGAAUAUCACGCCUGUACAUGGUUUACGUUCCUCUGUGUAUUUUUCUUUUAAAAAAAAGUCUGAAUUACAACAACACCGUUUCUUUUGUCGCUUAGAUUAAUUUUAUUAUAUUAAAAACGCUGGAAUCAGAGAGAAUAAAUUAGUAGUUGCAUUAGGUUAAUCGCUGAAAGGGGAUUACUUUAGAUAUAUUUAUUUCUUUGUCCCUCGACCUUUAAGGAAAUCUGAAAAAUCUCAUGCGUUGUGUGUCAUUUCUCAUGUUGGACCAGUCCAAAAGCCUAGCUGUGCUAUCCAAUACAGACGAGGGAAAACUCGGUUUUUUUUCUUUUUGUUUUUAUUUUUCAAGAAAAAAAAAUGAUAAAGAUAAAAAAAAGAUUUUAGAGAAAAUGUUGCCAGGAUUAUUUCCGAUCUUGUAAAUAUGUCCAAUAUGUAAACUUGUAUUUGUUCUGAGAUAUUGUUUUGUUUUUGUUUCUUUUCCGGGCAGUUUUGUACACUUACUAAUUCCAAGAAGAUAUUUUAAUAUGAUUUCAUUUAUGAAUCUGACCAUUUAUAUAUAUAUAUUUAUUUCUUAAAAGUGUUUGGAGCUUUUUAUUUAGCUCUGUCAAUGGUUUUGUUGCAGUGGAUUACAGUAUGUUUUUUUUUUUCUUUUCUUUAUUACGUUGGUUGUAUGUUUAUUGCUAAAUGUAGACUGCAAAGUCACAUUUAUAUUUAUGUUAUAGUAAUAUUUUAUUACUUACAUAAAACAUAUAUACAAGAAAUUGUCUUUUGUCUUUAUUAAGAUCCAAUCCACCCUUCCUUUAUAUUCCCGUCUACUGAAGCAUCUUCAGGUAAUAAAAUAAAAAUAAAAAAGAACAGCCUGAUCAUAAAGUUGAGUUCUGUUUAAUGUCCUCAGUGAAAAAAAAUAUACUGAUUGGUUAUAUAACAGAGGGGUACGUUUAAAGCAGAAGCUGAGUACAUGUGCUGUUAAGGGGGA